AUGAAGCAUCAAAGAGCUUUCCUGGCUUCGCCAUUUUCAUUUCUCUGGUUCUUCUUGCUACUCACCCUUUCCUUUUAUGGGAAGGUUUCGAGUUCUGAUAAUUCCGCGAAGGACGAGAGUCCAGUGAUGGGGAAAUCUGAGUGGAGAACAAUAACAAGCACUGAAUAUGGUGAGGUGUCUGCCAUUGACGUCAAAGAUGGACACAGACUACCCUUCCAUCUUCAGUUCUUUAAACUCGAACCCAACUCUCUCUUCCUUCCUGUUCUUCUUCAUGCAGACAUGCUCUUCUAUGUUCACACAGGGAGUGGAAGGCUGAUUUGGGCAUAUGAUGGCAAUAGUAAAACGAUAAAUCUACGUCAAGGUGACAUCUGCAUGCUUGGAGCAGGUUUUGUUUUCUAUUUACAGAGCAACUUGGAGGCACAAAGACAGAGACUUCGGAUUUUCGCAAUUUUCCCCAACUCCAUUCAUAACCAUUACGACCCAGCAAUUGGUGCUUAUUCCAGAAUCAGUGAACUGGUCGGAGGCUUCGAUCAGAAAAUCAUGCAAGCAGCUUUUGGGGUGCCGGAAGAACUGGCUGCAGAAAUUUCAGAGAAAACUAAGACCCCUGCAAUAGUGCAUGCUGUUUCGAAGGAGAAGAACAAUAUAUUGAAAUUGGAGGCUUGGAUUCUAAACGGAGUAUUUGGUGGUGAGACUGCCAUUGACGUGUCCUCCAACAACAAUAAACCCGGGAAAUAUAACGUUUUUGACAAACAACCUGAUUUUAAAAACCGUUAUGGAUGGAGCCUCAUGGUGACCCAAAAACAUUUGAAAUCAUUAAAACAUAUCAACAUUGGCUUCCUGAUGGUGAAUUUGACCGCGGUUAGUGGUUCAACUUAA